UUUCUCUUGUUAACUGUACUUGAGUUAAAUUGAAGUGGAUACUCUUUAAUUAUGGAGACAUGAUAGGUUAUUUCGGAAUGCCCGGAUAUUGUGUACUGAAGUUCAUGAUGGAGAAAGAUUGUUUAUUUCAUUUAUAAUGGCAUAUUUCCCAAAAAUUGGUCCUUUUUAUGAUCCCAAUCACGAACAUCAAUUUUAUGGAGAAUCUGAUGGACGUCUUCGGUUGAGGAAAUCAGGUGAACAUUACCACGAAGAGCAAAGGUUGGCGUCGAAUGAUCAAAGUUGGAACCAUGUUGUACAGGACCAUGAGAAUCUGUUCUACAUGGAUCCAGCAGAGAACAGAGAAUCAUGUAGAAACUCUUCAGUUGGUAUGAACCAUAGAAGGCAGGAAAGUUUACAGUCAGUUGGAAGUGCUGGAAGCUACCAGUCUGGCAGCAGUGAAUCACCAAGACAACCAUUCAGUAGACAAAGUUCAUUGGGAUCUGAACGUAGCAGUAGCUCAAAAUCUGGAUUAAACAGGCAGUAUUUAAAUAGAGACAGACCCCAUGUAGAUAAUCAUAGACAACAGUAUGAGCAUUUUCAAAGAGAUAACGCGUUAAGACUGUCUGACCCUAGUUAUGCAGCAUUUAGUGAAAAUCUUAACACAGAAAAUGGGCAUCCAGAAACAAGCCAGAGAUCUCGUCUUAAAAUUCCAUUAACUGAAAGUAACAGUAGUUCGGUGAAUAUAACUGUGAGUCAGUCUGGAAAGAGAAAGUCAGUUUUAAUGGUGCCAAAUGUUAGAAAUAUUGAAGAUGUUGAUAACUUGUCUGGUUUAGAACUAUGUGAAAAAUUGUUUGGCAUAAAACUUUGUCACUACAAACAAAGACCUCCACGCCCAAAUGGUGCUAGUGUUGACCAUGUGUUAAGAGAUCGUAAAGUUAUUGUUCAGGCUGUUAUUACAGAUAGUCAGGCAGAUAUAUGUGGUCAAAUAAAUAGAGGAGAUAUGUUGGUUGGCUUGAAUGAUUUAGAUUUGACAUGGAUUAAUAUUGAUGACCUACUCAGACAAGCUGUGCCCCAACAAAAGGUAAAACUAACAUUCCAGGUGCCAGUUGUAGUUGGACCAAAACAAGCAACACCACCUGUAACACCUACAAGACAUACUCCGCCUCCACCAAGACAAAACCCACCUCCUGUACCACCCCAUAUACCUCUACGCAUACCAUUGACUCCUCCUCCCAGACCACCUGCACCACAACAUACGGAACAGCGUCAGGAUUUGGUCUCCAUGACAACUAGUGAAACACGAUCAAGUUUAGCUGCUGCUUUAAGCCGUUUUUUGUUUUCUGUUAUGUAUUUAACGUUUGCAGGCCAGUCUGAGAACUCAAGGGAUGAUGUUGUAUACCAGUAUCCCAGUGAUGAUAAUAAAAUAUUUGAUGUACGUGGAUUGUUUCUCACACUCAAUGGUCUAUUACCAGAUGUUACUAGUAAUUAUCCAAAAAUGACAUGUAUAAAUUAUCGUAAAAACAAUAUAAAUAUUGCGUACUGGAAGACAGAUCGGGAUGUGUUGUUGCUUUGCUUGCCAGAAGACAAAGUGCCAUCUUUCUACCUUCUACAUAUAUUCUCAGACCUGUUACACCUUAUACAGGUGUUACAUGGCUCUAUAACCAGGGUAUUUAGAGACAGAGAAUUACACUGUCAUUUAGAUGAGCUGGUCAGUUUAACAAUGUAUAGAGUGUUACAUACAGGGGUUCAAACUCAGGCAAUACCUUACUGUAACCCACUAGAGCCGGUACUGCUAGAUACACUAACUGGUGUCAGGUGGUUACGACUCUCUUCAGAUGAUAAGAUGUCCUGUGAUGAGAUUUUAAAUGAAUAUGAAGCUCAAGACUUCUCUGAAUUUGAAGAGGUUGACCCUGAUGAAAGGAGAAAAUGUGGCAUUCUCGGGUCCUGUAUGUUUUAUAGGGAUUAUUUAUUAUGUUCACACCUGUGUAGAGAAGAUUUACAAGAUGUUAAUUUAUUUCUCAAGUAUCACUGUAUCCUACAUCUAGUCAGUAAACAAUCUGUAGACAACCUUGUCAUCUGGAGGGAGGUUUAUCCUACACGAUUCUGUCAAUCUACAAAGAAAGAUAAUCCUGGUUACAGAGAGCCACAGGGGAGAUGGUUCUUACUCGUUGUUAGCAUGAGGCAUUUUCUCCUAUGUACAUUAUUUGAAGCUGGCAGUUAUGCAAGAUCUGUGUCAGGUAGACAGCUGAUAGACAAGUUUCUAUUGGAUCAGUCGCGGGCAACAUUAGCCCAGCUUGAUCUUGAUGAUACAGAUAUAGAAUUACAGUGCAAUGAAAGGCUUUUCUCUGAGCAGUUUGGUCCAAGCUUGAAAUGUAUAGACUCAGAAAAACCAACUGGUUUCAACAACGAUAUAAUAUCACCUCUUAAAUCUACACCUUCACCCAGACACAAUACAGAUGAUGUAGACAGAUUAUCAUAUCAAUCUCCUAAUGGACCUGGUGUUAUAAAGAGACAGGGGAGCAAACUCUCAUAUGGAUCUAAUGAUUCCAGUGGUAGCAGCACUAGCAUUAACAAGUUACAGAUAAAGUCAGGAAGUAAAAAAGGAUCUAUGUAUGAUGUGGAUACAUUGAAUAGAAGUUUUAAUAGAGACACCGGUAAAUCAUGUGACAUCAAAUGGACUAGAGGAUUAGGUAAUCAGCUGUUUCACUAUGUAAAUUUUGACCAGUUUGAGUGUGUUUACAUGAGUCCAACACCAUAUGAUCUCGCCUCCACACAAGGUUCAACACAUCAACAUUUAUUGUUUAACUUCUAUGGUGGAUGCUUGAGGAUACAUGAAUCUUUUGAAAAGACUGUUAAGAAAAAGGUAUCAGAAGAGAAUAUGUUUCCAGUGUGUAGUUCAGAAGAAGGUGUAAUGUUUACCUGUCAGCUACCUGCGUCCCCAGAUCCUAAGAAACAACCCCCAUUGAUAAUGUAUUGGGUCAUAGGACGGAGAUUUCCUGAUGGUCAUGAAAUGUUUGUAUGUUUAGAAGAUGGUGUACCACAGUCCCUGUUAGAACUGGCAUUUACCUACAACUUUGGAUUGACUUGAUCACUACUACAUGUAAUAUAUGUGUUAUCUAGGAACUGGUGCUCAAUGUGAAAUGUAACAACUAGUCUUCGUGUAACUAUGCUGAUAGAAGAGAUUAAAGUUAACUAAGUGAAUUGUGAGGUAUCUGUUACAGGAUUUUUAUAAAGAGAUGGCUGUGAAAUAUUUGUUUAAAUGUAGUCAAAAUAAUUUUUCAAGCUGCAUUUAUAUGGGGAUUGCUGUGAAGGAUUCUUUUCAGGAAGAACACAAAGAAGGAUAAACAGAUGAAAAUAACAGAUUCAGGUUAUAGUUUGGUUUAUGUAAAUGUAACGUGAAGCUAUAGAAAAUGGAAGGCCUAUAUUACUUGUAUAAAGUCAUUGCCAGUAUACACAUUUGUGUAGUUUACAUACACUAUACGUUAGCAAUGCAAAAGUGUACUUAAAUUUUAUGAAAAUAAUGGAAAAGUAUUCCGAAUUAAAUGUACAGAAAAAAUCUUUGAAAAAAUUAGCAGGGAAAGAAAACAUGCUAAAUGAUAAGUCCUCUAUUUUGAUGAAGUUAAACCCUACUGAGUUAAAAUAAUGAUGUAUAAUCAAUUAACUUUGUAUGUCUAAAUGAAAUUAUUUGCAAAUUUAAACACAUAAUGUAAGAACAUUGCUAAAACC